AUGACUGAACCUUCAUCAACAAUAAUCAAGUUGACUAAGAGCUUCAACCACACGUGCGAUUUAUCACCAAGUAAUCAAAAUGCAAUGAAAAUGCUUUCAAUUUUGAUAGAAAAUCAUCAAAAGAAGAUAAAAAUCAACAAUCAGUCAUCAACAAGUUGUGUCUCGUUCUGCUUUUCUGUUUAUUAUUCUGGCCCGUUGAGUGUAGAUGAAGAAUUAUUAAAUUAUUUAAAGCUUGAAAUGAAAAACAUUUAA